CCUCAAUGUAUCUCAACCUCGACCCACUAUCAUUCGAUUCAUCGCCAGCUAAUUUAACCACUGUCCACUACAUUUACUAGUUAUUGUCUCCAUUAGUUCCUCUUAACGGCGGGCAGUGUCCCUCCCACCCAGUCAGAGGAAAUAGGCCCUGCACAUCAGCAACUUAGCCGGACCUAACGAACCCUCCUAAGAGCCCUGAACAAGCUUCCACUCCUUGAUUCUCUCCGAUAACCUUGUCUAUAUGCUAGACCGUGUCGUUCCUUGAAUAUUUGAGUUAUUCUAAUGUGGGAGAAAAGCAACAGCAUGUUCUUUUUCUAUAGUGAUUUUUGUUCUCCUUAUUUAUAAUUGUCCGUGUCUUAUCAUCAUCAUCACUAUUGCCACACUUAACCAUCGGAGCCAUGUGGAGACGAACAUAUUUGCUUUUACUGGUGAUCCGUGUUUACUUUGCCCUUUCCCCAAGCUACCUUCAUCCAGACGAGAACUUUCAGGGACCUGAAGUUUUUGCAGGUCGCGUCCUCUCCUACCCAUCCAAAUUACCAUGGGAAUUCACCGUCGAUAAACCGAUCCGCAGCGUCUUUCCGCUAUGGCCGACCUACGACGUGCCAAUAAGCCUUCUUAGAUGGUUCUAUGCCGAAACAGGGGCCCCGACACCCCCUCCUCCGCAGGUUAUCUACUAUGUACUGCGAGGGGUCAUGUUUCUCUUGAGUUUUGUGCUGGAGGACUGGGCUGUAUAUGAGUUAGUUCCUUUUGCGCGACACCGCCGAGCGACCGUGGUGCUGGUUGCGUCCUCGUACGUCACCUGGACAUAUCAGACGCACACCUUCUCCAACUCCCUUGAGACGUUGUUGGUUGCUUGGGGUCUGGUCUUGAUUCGUCGCAUUGUCGAGAAUAAGCGCCGCUCAUCCGUCUUCUCCUGUGCUGUCCUAGCCUUUAUUGCUGUUGCUGGCGUCUUUAAUCGAAUCACUUUUCCAGCUUUUCUUGUAAUCCCAGGACUUCAAUUAUUGCCUCAUUUUCGGCGCAAACCGGCCUCAUUAUUUUCCUUCGUCGGGUUCGGUAUAUUCUUCUUUGGAAUCGCUGUUCUUGUUGAUACGGCAUUCUAUAGGCCUUCUGCAACCUUGUGGGAUGCCCUUCACUCACCGAUAAUUACACCCGUCAACAAUUUACUUUAUAACUCUGAUAGUUCAAACUUGGCGCUUCAUGGACUUCACCCUCAUUAUCAACACCUUUUAGUCAACUUGCCGCAGCUCCUAGGGCCUGCAUAUGCUAUGAUGGCUAUAUCAUUGUGGGGCUUGCCAGCCAUCCCAAUCUGGCUGAAGAACGCGCGUGCUGUCUCCGCUUUAUCAGCAACUGUCAUAUUAUCGAUCUUCCCCCACCAAGAACCGCGCUUCUUAAUACCAUGUGUACCUCUUCUCCUCAGUUGCUUCCGUGUGAGCAAAUCGCGUUUGUUCCUGGCCACCUGGAUGAUAUUUAAUGCUACUCUGGGAUUUUUAAUGGGCAUUUAUCACCAAGGGGGGGUUGUACCUGCUCAGCUUGCAAUGCCCUCUAUCGUCUCAGCCAGCAGUGUUGAAUCAAGUGAUGCAUUUCCAGGAGAAAGCCCUGUUGUCUCUGCCACAGUCUUUUGGUGGAAAACCUACUCUCCCCCGCUAUGGUUACUAGGAACUACCGACAAUUCAUCCCUGAAUAUCGAAACUCGAGACUUAAUGGGCAUUCCCGGACCAGACUUGAUCGAGGAGCUGGAGAAACUACUCCCUUCCUGCAACAUUGCUGGAUCGAAGCAGGUUGACUCGGUAUUCGUGGUUGCGCCCAAGUCGGCUGCUUUUCUUGAUCAAUAUACCUUUUUACCGAGCUCGUCGUCGGUUAGCUCAGCUUUAGAGCUACACGAACAGUGGUCUUACAGGAAACAUAUCAACUUGGAUGAUUUAGAAUUUGGCACUGAAGGUGUCUAUUCAACAUUGAGGCGAGUGAUUGGUAGGCGCGGACUAGCCGUGUGGAGAGCUAAAAGGGCGGGGUGCAAUUGAAGCUGGAUCAUCUGAUGGUAUUAAUAUAUCAGAUUCUUGAUGAUGUAAAGUUAACAAAUUUCGCACCGUUACUCCUUUGUCUUCUUCUCGCCCCCUUGUUUCGAACAUUCUGGGUUAAGCAACCUCGAUGGUCAGCUUCUAGCUCUUCCUAAUCUCUUCUACAUUAUAUGCAACUCCCUCUAAUUUACCUAUAUACCCGCCGGUGCAGGUAAUAGGCAAGUGUAUCGUCUCAUAUUUCGAUCGUCUCAUAAUUGUUAUACCAAAACACUACACACGCAUUCUGGC